GGACGGUCACCGCGUUGCCGUUUCGCAGAUAAUUAAAUACUCAUUCUUUCACAACCAAGUCGUUCGACGCUGCCCACAUUCUACAUCCAUCAUGCCGUUGACUAGCGUUCACUCAACUCCCAUGUUGGGCAUCCGCCUAGAGGGCGGUCAGACUGAAUUCGCGCCAGGUGACACGGUCACUGGGUGCGUCUACCGGCAAGCUCAGAUCGUCAGCCCCGAUGCUUCCAUCAUCCUCCGUCUACAUGGACGAACGAAGUCCAGGAUUCACUUCAGUCGCGGAGAUCUUGGGGUUGAAACGUAUCGUGGGCGGUUCAACUUGAUCAACACCGCCGACCACACGCAAACGCUCUUUCAAGGGCCCCUUCAUCUCCCAGAUGGAAGCGACGAGCAGGUCUGGCCCUUCACCAUCACCCUCCCGAAGUACGUGGACCACACAACCUUGGGCAAAGUUCCAGAAUUGUGUAGCUGGUUGCCCUACACCGGUGGAGACGUCGCAACCCGUCCCCUGCCAUCCACCUUCCAUCAACAGCAUAGUGGAUUCAGAGCGACAAUAGAGGGCUUUGUCGAAUACUUCCUCCGAGCUGAAUUGAACGUUGCGGGACAAGGUUCAUCAGAUGUCAAGGAAGCGGUGCUACCUUUGAACGUCAGAACCUUGGACCCUAAUGCUCCAAUCGCGGACUUCAAACUGAUGCCAUUCCGCUCCCCUCGCACUCUCUCCUCUUUUCGCCUGAUACCGGGAAAUGAGGACGUCGAACUGUCGUUUUCUCAGAAAACGAAGCGCCUUUUCGGGUCCAAAAAGGUGCCUACCAUCAAGUUCAAUGUCGAGGUCGAUUUCCCGACUGUUAUUCAGCUGGAGAACCCGAAUCACAUCCCAUUUCUCGUCAGAUUGAUCCCGGACUGGGAGAAAUCUAGUGCGGUUCUCAAGGGUGUUGAACAAAAGGUCAGGCUUCGACAGUUUACGAUGUCGAUUAUGGCUCAGACUGAAGUGAUGUGCGAGGGGACUUCUGCUCCUCACUGCGCAGACGACAGAGGGGAAUUGGACCUGAAUAUUCCACCCGCCCUGGCCGGUAUUGCGAGCGAAAUAUACAUUCCAUGUUCGGAUAAAGCGCCGCCAGUCGACAUUGGGAAGAUGAUUAACCUACGUGUUGGUGGUCAAGGUCGCCUGGGACAGGUGGGACCAGAGAUUUCGCGUGGAAAGCUGUAUCCUACCUUCAAGACGUACAACAUCCUGCACACCCACAAGCUAAACUGGCAGAUCCGUGUGGAAAUAGCCAAAGAGGAUUUCAUCAUCACUGGGUCGGCAAAGGUUACACUCUUGACCCCGAGCGAUGAGGGGCAGUCUCAAAAGACGUCUGCACCGGACCCAGCGCUUCAAACAUCAGAGUCGUGGAUGGAGCCGCCAGCGGAGGAGCAAGCGCCCCCAAGUUUUACACAGGUUCAAGCGGAAGAUACCAUUCUGAAGGAAUAUGGAAACGGUGACAGCAAGAAGAUGUGAGGCUGGGUCGGCGUAUUCUCGGCCUGAAGGCACUUUUUCAUUUGUGAGAUGAUUUCGUGUUUGUUCAUACCCAGACUAGCUUGCAUUAAUUACAAAACUUCUACAAUUUUACCAA